AUAUAUUUACCUCAAAGAUUUUUUUUUUUUUCCUCACUCAUUAACGGCUUUUUCUAAGAUCAUACUUCAAUAUGAAAAUAUUAUUAAAUCGUCUUAAAAAAGAAGAAACUUUUGACUGUAAUUAUUUUACGCCAAAGUAUUAUUUUGAAACGGAAUGGUUUCUUGACAUGCAUGGUUAUAUUGAUAGGGAGGAAUUAGACGUUCGUUUUGAAGAAAUUAAUAAAAUAGUCACUGAAAACCCACUACUAAGUGAAAGAGCAAAAAAGGGUCUUUUAUAUGUUUUCAUCGCUCUUAGCUUUAUUUUUAUUUUGCUUAUUAUCUUUGCUGCUCAAGUUUUUGGAGGUUAUGUUGCUCCAAUCGUGAUACAAAUUAUAAAUUCUAUUGCUUUCUUUGUGGCGAGAUAUUUGAUCGAUGAAGAAGCAAAACGUCGCUCCGAAAGAUUUUAUGAAGCUAUUAAAAAAUUGUUCGACAAAUAUAAUAAAAAAGAUAACCCAACUGCCAAUUGGAAACUCAAGUGGCGUAAAGUUAUCACUCAUUUCAAUUUAGAUCAAUCCUCAAAUGAUAUAACGCCAAAGUAUGCUGAAGAAGCAGAAAUAGAGUUAGAAAUAAAUGACGUCCUCGCUGAAAUUACCGAGUGUACCAUCCGUUUGCACCUUUAUAGUAAAGAAAAACUUGAAAGAAUUACUAAAGAGAAAGAGGAACUUGAGAGACUUCUUUCAUCAAACGAGGACUAUUCAAUUACCAUCGAUGAUAAGAAAUUGCCUGAAAUUCCUUUCAAUUACGUACAACCUUCCAACAACACACCCCGACUUAACAACACGCCCCCAUUUAAUAACACACCUCAACCUGACAAUACACCCCCAUUUAAUAACACACCUCAACCUGACAAUACACCCAUAUUUAAUAACACACCUCAACCUGACAAUACGCCCACAUUUAAUAACACAUCCCCUUCCAACAAUACUGAAAUAGAAAGAUGAAUAAUAUAAACGACAAUGGAAAUGAGAGGAUGAAUUAUGCUAAUCCUCAGAUGAAUAUGAAACGUCUUCCCUAUAAUUACGGUAUAAAAUUAUUUUACCUUUUUUUUGUGACACGAUAAUCAUGUUUUAUUACAAUGUAAGGGUCGAAAUUAUCUAGUGAAUUUAUUAAUUAUAAGGCGCAAUAUAUUAUAUAG